AUGCUGCGAACGUCGAGAAUUUGGCAGGCGGCUCGUUUCUACAGCUCUGCGGCUGAAACGGCGGCUAAAACUGCGACCAAAAUCAAAAGACACGAGAAGCAUACUGUUGUGGACACGAAAGAGGAGGAAAACUUGGUGCCGCGAGCUGUGGCACCGCUCGAUGCAUCCAAGAUCCCCCAGGGGAACAUGCUGGCGCACAUUUUACAGCAAUAUAAAAUGGAUCUAGGUGAGCACGAUGUUCAGCUCUCUGGGUGGAAAAAGUAUGUGGGCGAGCGCCUGAUCAAGACCUUCAACCUUGACAUGGACAGAAUUCGGUCCGGCCCGGUCGCGGCCGUGUUGUACAGAGAUCAGUGCAAGAUGCAAGCUUAUUUUGAAAAGGGCAAGCCUAUCUCGCCUUUGGCUGACUGGUACUACAAUCGCUUGGGCAUGCCUCAAACAUAUUUCCAGUGGUUCCAGAUCACCUCUUUGCACAUCUGGAUGCUUUACGUUAGAAUGCGCCGCAUGCCUCGCAAAUACUGCCGUGAAUACCAAACCAAGCUCGUCAAUGGUAUUUUCGAGGAUAUCGACUAUACCCUCCGCGAGGUUAUUCGCGUGAACAGUGAUCGUACUGCCAACAACCACAAGAAGCAGUUCAGUGAACAGCUGCGUGGCUCUGUGUUCAGUUACGACGAGGCUAUGCUUGGCGGCGAUACGGUUCUUGCCGGGGCUAUUUGGCGUAAUUUGUUUGAGCAAAGUGACGUCGCUGAUCCCACCAUCAUCGAGCACAUUGUCCAGUACGUUCGGGCCCAGCUCUACGUGUUGGACAUGAUCUCUGAUCGUGAUUUUGCUGCUGGCCGUUUCCAGUUCUUGGAUCCUCGAUACAGAUACGAACCUCUGUCUGCCGCUCAGUAUGCCGCUCUCGAUGAGAUGAUUGAGUCUGCUCGCAGAGAGUCCAAAAACUUGGCUGCCCGUUCGCAGCUGAGUCGUGAGGGUCUUUAA